GUCAUAUAUCAUCCUAACCUAAACGUAUGACCGUCAAAAUAAAAAAACAUAUUUAUAAAAUAGUUGAGUAUUAACGUCUGAGAAGUUAAAUUUAUAUUUCAAAUACAAUAUUAUUAAUAAUUUAUAAAAAUGGGUUUUCUUACUGUAUUAAAAAAGAUGAAACAAAAAGAAAAAGAAAUGAGAAUAUUGAUGCUAGGUUUGGACAAUGCAGGUAAAACUACCAUAUUAAAAAGAUUCAAUGGAGAACCAAUAAAUACUAUAUCACCAACUCUAGGAUUUAAUAUCAAAACUUUGGAACAUAGGGGAUUCAAAUUAAACAUGUGGGACGUUGGAGGACAAAAGUCUUUGAGAUCAUACUGGAGAAAUUACUUUGAAUGUACAGAUGGAUUAAUAUGGGUUGUAGACAGUGCUGAUAAACGUAGACUUGAAGAUUGUAAAACUGAAUUACAUUCAUUAUUAAGAGAGGAAAGAUUAGCAGGUGCCACAUUGUUAGUAUUUGCGAAUAAACAAGAUUUACCCGGAUCAUAUGAUAUAGAAGAGUUGAAAACAAUACUGGAAUUGGAUUCAAUAAAAACCCACCAUUGGAAGAUAGUUUGGUGCAGCGCUGUAACUGGAGAAAAUUUGUUAGCUGGAAUCGAUUGGCUGAUUACAGAUAUUGCAACUAGAAUAUUUACAUUGGACUAAUAUAAUCAAAUACAUUAUGUAAAUGAUCUACAUGUUACGUUCUAAAGGGGCUCCUCACAAUAAUUUUAGUUUAACUGCAUCAAUAAAAUUUUUUUAACUAAUAGUCUUAAAUAUGGCAAUUCAACAGUAGCAAACCACAGACAGUAUUAUGUCUGUUACAGCUUAAGUUUCGAUCUUUUGUUAAACUAUAGAUGCUUUCUGUCUGUGAUAAUUGGAGAGCACAACGAAGGUUGAAGUGAUAUCAACUCUGCCUGAUUAAAGACAUAGCACAAUAAGAAUGGUUGAAGAUGAUGUUUGCUUAGACAAAGAAAAAUUCAAUAACAUUUGUUUUUAUAUAUUGGAAGAAAUAAUCAAUGAACAUUCUCCAAAACUGAGUUUCCAUAGAACCUCUGAAGUUCUCUAUUGUUUCAUUGUUGUUUGUGAAGAUUCAAAAAAAGCCUAAAUUCUCAGAAUAUCAUUAAUAGGUGCAGGGAUUAUUAAAUAAUAUUGUUUCACUUCAAAUAUUAUAAUAAAAUAUGACAAAAUAAUAAUUUUUAUUAGAUUAUGUCUUUUUGUACAAUAUAUAAUUUAUUAACUAA